UUGGUGUGGUACUCCAAAGAAGAUGACGUCAAAAUGUGCCUCGUCAAAGGCAAAGAUGAGGAUAACUGCCAGAACUACAUCAGGAUAAUGGCGCAGAUAGGCCCAGGAAAACUGUUAGUCUGCGGCACUAACUCCUUCAAACCAAAUUGUCGAGAAUAUUCCAUACAGACUGGAACCUAUACGUUGGAGAAAGAGAAGCCAGGACAAGCCGUAUGCCCCUAUGAUCCACAGCAUAACAGUACUGCCGUUUUUGUUGACGAUGUUCUGUACACGGGAACAGUGGCUGAUUUCUCUGGUAUGGAUCCAAUUAUCUACAGGGAACCCCUACAGACUGAACAAUACGACUCCAUGAGUUUGAACGCCCCAAACUUCGUGAGCUCAAUGACACAAGGAGACUUUGUCUACUUCUUCUUUAGAGAGACGGCUGUUGAAUACAUCAACUGUGGGAAGUCUGUGUUCUCGAGGGUGGCCAGGGUGUGUAAAUACGACCGAGGUGGUCCACAUAGAUUUCGCAACCGUUGGACUUCAUUCCUCAAAUCAAGACUCAACUGCUCUGUUCAGGGAGACUUUCCCUUCUACUUCAACGAAAUUCAGUCGACAACUGAGUUGAUAGAAGGCACAUAUGGUUCGGUAUCCACCCAACUGCUGUACGCCGUGUUCACAACGCCGGCCAACAGCAUCGGCGGAUCCGCCGUGUGUGCGUUCGCCCUACAAGACAUCAGCGACACUUUCGAGGGAAAUUUCAAGGAGCAGUCUGAGCUCAACUCCAAUUGGCUGCCUGUGCAGAGUGUCAAGGUGCCUGACCCUCGACCCGGUCAAUGUGUGAAUGACUCGCGCACUCUGCCGGAUCUGACACUGAACUUCAUCAAGACCCAUUCUCUCAUGGACGAGUCUGUGCCUUCAUUCUUCAGGCAGCCUAUCAUCAUACGCACUAGUUUUCAUUAUAGGUUCACGCAGAUCGCAGUUGAUCCACAGAUAAAAACACCCGGAGGAAAAGCUUAUGAUGUUCUGUUUAUUGGAACAGACUACGGCAUGGUGCUGAAAACUGUAAACGCCGACUCGGCCGACUCAAUAGAGCGCGUGAAUCCGGUGCUCAUUGAGGAGAUCCAGGUGUUCCCCUCCAACGUGUCCAUACGAUCACUCAAGGUCAUGCGCACCGACAACCAGGAAGGCAGGCUGAUUGUCGUCUCCGACACGGAAGUGUUGUCGCUCAGGUUACAUCGCUGUGACAAGGUCACCUCUGGUUGCAGCGAGUGCGUGGCACUGCAGGACCCGUACUGUGCGUGGGACAAGACGGUGUCGAAGUGUCGAUCGGUGGGAUCGGGCGGGGCUCGUUGGACCGACGAGAAGGUCUUCUAUCAAAGUGUCGCCACGGGUUCGCAUUCUGCAUGUCCUGCCAGUAAAGUGAUGAACAAGGAGGCUGGCAACUAUGGUGGCUUUUCAUUGUAUAAGUCCUAUAAUGAAGACCACUCGGGCCAGGCCAGCAAGGAGUCGCCUGAAGGCGAAGUAUUCACCAUGACUCGUGAGGAGGAAGAUCACUAUAAUGGACCCCAAGUGACAACAGCCGAAAGCCUGCCCAACCAGUACUCGAUAGAGACACUAGUUCUGGCAGUUCUGACCGCCUCGUUGGCAGCACUGGCGUUUGGUUUCCUCGCCGGAUACUUUUGUGGACGCAAGUGUCACAAGGAUGAAGAUGACAACCUGCCCUACCCCGACACUGAGUACGAAUACUUCGAACAGAGGCAGAAUGUUAACACUCGCCGCAUGCCCCCCGAACCGAAACUGCUGGCCCAGGAAGAGGUGACCUACGCUGAGCCGGUGCUGGUGGCGCCACCCAGCAGCAAACAGCUGAACUCGCCCAAGGCGACGUUGCCACGUGGUGCCGGCCAGAAGCAGCUCGACAACAACAUGUUCCAGUUCAGCGAUGGCGGCGGAUACAACAUGGCAGCACCGCCUUACGCCAGUGCACGGCCCUCCAAUCGCGAUCACUUCGGCACGUUACGGUCGCAGCGCGAUCUGCCCAAGCAAAAUGACUCAGGCAUGGCUGCCUACCGGGAUGGGUUCGGCACAACACGCAGUGUGAAGAAGGUGUACUUUGUGAGAGACAGGGGAGGAGGGCACGGGCGGUGGCAGAAGCAGUUUGCCGGGGCGCACAAGGGGUGUUGCCAACCGCGGGGGCCACACGACCAACAGCAGUCAUCAUCCCCUCGCCACGCACACCCCUUCCCCCUCCAGCUCCAGCUCGUCGCCAUCCCCACCCUCCUCCUCGCCCUCCCCUCCCACCACUCCGCAGCCGCCCUGCAGCUACAUCUACCAGACCUGAGACUGGUCCUCCGGGCCGGAUUACACGAAUCAAGUGCCAAAUGUGCUCGACUUGCAAGUGCAUUGUUUGAAAAUGUUGUCAAGUGGCUUGACUUUUGUCUACAUUGUCAGUCCCAUUGAUAAGCAUUGUUUGAUAUUGUCAAGCUCCUUGCCUUUUGUCCAAUUCAUGCUCCACAAAUGUGUGUCAUUGAUAAGAAUUGUCUGAUAUUUUCAAGCAUUUUGACAAUACCAAACAACAUCAAUGCACUGUCCUUGGUCUCUUGUCCACAACUUUGUGUCAGUCUCUUUGAUAGAGCAUUGUUUGAUAUUGGUCAAGCUGCUUGAUGUUUGUCAAGUAGGCUACUACACAUAUAAUUUUUUUCAUUGAUGAUUUAAUCAAAAACCUUAAAAUUGAAUGCAUGAAUUUGGGUUUUGUCAAGCACCUUGACAAUACAUGCACCACAAAUGCUUAUCAAUGCUGUUGUUUGUCAACAAUCCUACAACUAACUGUACAGGUAUCUCGGUCAUUGAUAAUUGGUCAAGAACCUUCACUACUUUGAUUCAGAACCCUGAUCAUCAUUUUUUCAUCAUAUGACUGCAGUUGACAACUUUGACUGAUGUAUCAUUGUCAUAAAUACAUUGAUUAACAACCUUGAACUACCUUGGUUGAGAAUCUUGACUAUCAUUUGUCAUUAAUACAUUGGGUUAAAAGCCUAAUGUUAUUAGUUAACAUUCUUGGUUACUAUAGAAGUCUGAUACAUGUUUUACAGAUGUGAAGCAUUGUCUUUUCAUUCAUUUCUUGACUGAUGUAUCAUUGACCUUGAUAAGUUGUUGAUAACCUUGACUGAAGCAUUAUUGUAUUUGGCACAUGAAUUACUGUCUUUGAUAUGUAUGUGAUACACAUUUUAAUGUGUAGGCAUGUGUCAUUGUCAUCAGUGCAUGUAUCAUUGUUCUGAAUUCAUAAUUUAUUUUCAAUUUAUCUGUAAAAUAUUUAGACGUUUGUAGAAAUUAUGAUAAAAACCAAGUAUGAGACACAUUGAUCCUAUUUAAUUACAGCAUUUGCUGCUUGACUGACUUGUCCAAAUGCAAGAAAGAUUAUUCAUGCUUCAACAAAAUGUCAAACCAAGUAUCAUUGACUUUGAAAAACUUGACAUGUAUCUUUGACUUCAAUCUUUGGAUUCUGUUCACUAACAAUGAUACCCGUAUCUUUGACCUUGACACAUGUAUCAUCAUCAAAUUUGAAAUCUAUUUCAAACCAAGAAAAGCUCAUAAACCCAAAACAUUGGCUUCCCCCUAUGACAAAGUGUAGGCUACAACUUACACUAAAAAAUCCAAACAAUUUGAAAGAACAAACCUGUGAGGUUCUACUCAACCUAUGAACUUUUAUUGAUAAGACUCUAUUAUAGUAUAUAGUGUCACAAACAUAUUAUAAUAAAUUAUAAUUCAAUUCUAUUUGCAUUGGUUCAGUGGUUAGUGGUGCCAGGAUGGAGUUACAUGAGAGAUUGUAAGUUUAUGAUUCAAUUAUUUAAAUAUCAACAAAUAUGGUAAAUAUUUGCAAGUAGUCUACCUUCAUCGAAAUAAAUGAUAAUUAUUGUACUCUACAAAAACAUUACAAGGAGCAGAUAAAGAUUUCAAGUCUCUUUUCUGUAUAGGGUUAGGCUACUUGAAAUGUAAAUAGAAAUAAAAAUAAAAAUCUCAGUACCCUUUUUUGGCAUCAAUGUCCGAAAAAUGUUGUGAUAAAAUAAUUCCAAAAAAGGGUAUUGAGAUUUUUAUUUCUAUUUAUAGAUUUCAAGUUUUUGUCUAUAUCUCUGAGUGAAACUUGAGUUGAAUCUUUUGUAAUCUUUACUUCAAAAAUAGAUUGUUUUUUAACUAUUUUAUAUUGUGCUUCGAAUAUUAUAUUUGUUCUCGUAGUUUUAUAAAUUGAUUUGGAAUUCAUCUACUAGAAAACCAACAAACUUACUCAAUACAAUAACUGCUGGACCAAUGAAAAUAGGAUAUAAUGACAAAGUCUGUAACUACCAUUAUUUCCUCAAUUUUCAUCUUUUCUCAAAGUUCAUUAUUUUCUUGAACUCUCCUCCAUGUUUAAUAGAUUCUCACAUUUUAUAAUGCUCUUUGAUUUGAUAUUAUAGUAUGAUUUUGGUCAAUCCAAUGAGUCAGAAAAGGUUUUGGCCACCCUCAAAAGCAUAAUCUAUUUUGCAGAAUUUUAAUUUUCUUAUACAGUAUGAUUCUCGGUUUAUUAUUCAUAUUUGUAAAUUGAAAUUAGUAGUGAUUCAAAGGAGAAAUACUCUCUUGGUUUCUACUGCAUAAUUUUAAUUAUUGUAUGGAUGAUCGAGCUCUUCUGUUAUUACAUUGUAAAAAUAAUCUCAAUUUGAAGUAAAUUAUUUAUUUAUUCAGUCAUGUACAAUAAUUAUUACACUUAU